CUCAGUGGGUGGAGAUUCUUUCUCCCCGGGCGUGCUCGGAUUUUACUGAGUAAUAUUCAGAUGCACCAGACUUUCCCUGACAGUGCUCUGUCUGCGAUCAGAGUGGUGGUAGAUGAAUAGCUCAAGUAAAGAGUCUACUGACUGCCGUAAUAACCAGACGACACACUGCAGACAUACGGUCGUUGCAAGGGCGUCUUUCCGAGGAAGAGAAUGCCAGCGGUCAUAGGUAAAAAUUCCGAUUUGGAGUUUGACUCCUUACAACCUUGCUUUUAUCCGGACGAAGAUGAUUUCUACUUCUGCGGUCCCGAUUCCGCACCACCGGGGGAGGACAUCUGGAAGAAAUUCGAGCUGCUGCCCACGCCCCCUCUCUCCCCGAGCAGAGCAGGUCUCCCGGGGGAGCUGGCUUCGGCAUCCGGUGACUCCGGUUCGAUGGGGUUUGGAUUAACAAACCCACUGGACUGGGCUUCGGAACUGCUUUUGCUUCCAGAAGACGACAUUUGGGGAGCGUCGGACGCGGACCUUUUCGGGUCAGCCUUGGAAAGUAACCUGAAUUCUAUAAUUAUCCAGGACUGCAUGUGGAGUGGAUUUUCGGCCAGGGAAAAGCUCGAGCGAGUGGUGAACGAGAAACUCGGCAAAGCGGUUUCAACGGCUGCCAGCUGUGGAGUGAGUCCCAACAAAGAGAGCAAGGCGACGGAGUUGAACAGUUCCGUUUCGGAGUGCGUGGACCCUGCUGUAGUUUUCCCCUUUCCCGUCAACAAGACCAGCAGCAAUUGCAUCACCACCAGCAGCAGCAGCAGCUGUAACAGCAGUAGCAGCAGAAGUCCACCUGGGACAGUUCCCUCAUCUGCUCCCAACAGCUAUGCCGACGACACCCCAAGUGAUUCUGACGAUGAGGACGACGACGAAGAGGACGACGAAGAUGAUGAGGAAGAGGAGGAGGAGGAGGACGAAGAGGAGAUCGACGUGGUGACGGUGGAGAAGAGGCGGUGCACGGCCGGCAAGCCCGUGCCCGCCAUCGGCAGGGCGAAGGCCAGCAGCGCCGCCGCGGGCGUCAGCAGCAAGCCCCAGGAGGUCAUCCUCAAACGCUGCGCGCCCAUCCACCAGCAGCACAACUACGCCGCCCCGUCCCCCUACAUGGCGGAGGAGGCCUCCCCGGCGCCCCCCAAAAAGGUCAGGAACGAGGCCCGCCCGGGUCCCGCCAAGGCCGCCUCCUCCUCUUCCUCCUCCUCCUCAGCCCCCGCCGCCGCCGCCGCCGCGCCCCCCCAGCGGUUGAAAAAGAGCGAGAGCCCCCGCGGCUCGGACUCUGAGGACAGCGAGCGGCGGCGGAACCACAACAUCCUGGAGCGGCAGCGACGCAACGACCUGCGCUCCAGCUUCCUGACGCUGCGCGACCACGUGCCCGAGCUGGCCCGCAACGACAAGGCCGCCAAGGUGGUCAUCCUGAAGAAGGCGGCCGAGUACGUGCACUCGCUGGAGGCAGACGAGCGCCGGCUCCAGCUGGAGAAGGACAGGCUCCAGGCCCGGCGGCUGCAGCUGAUCAAGCGCCUGGAGCAGACGAGGACUCGCUAGGCCAGGCCACGCCCCAAC